AGCUUUUAACAAAGCCAGUUGAAGCUUUGUCUUCUUCCUACCUUUUUCUUUUCUCUUUGCUUUCAUAUUCUUCCUUCCCCCAAUCUCUUCAAAUCCUUAGAGGUGAAGAAACUGUAAAGAUCCAACCUUUUUUUUUUCAAUAUAUAUGAUUCAUUGUAUCAUAUAGCAUACUAUAUGCCAUCACCAUCCACACAUACAUUCUCAUGGAGUUCAAUCAUAGCAAGAAGGAAGAACCAUUCAAUGAUUCUUCUAUGUGUAGAACCUUUUCUGAAUACGAUAUCGAGGAGUUCUUGAAGCAAUCCGAUGCUGAUCACCGGAAUCAUUCGCCUGCCGGAGGGAUUUUCUCCGCCGCUGAUAGUGUCGUUUUUGGUAAUGACGAUCGUAAGAGCUAUGGCGCCCACCGUUGUUCCCCCGAUCUCGAUGUUCACUACAGGAAUCCGAAUAAUGCAAAUGCGUUUCAAAGUUGUGGUGGAAUGACUGGGAACCCUCUCUGGUCCCAAAAUCACACCCCAAAGAACUCCGGUGUCACGAUGACCAUGGAUUCCCAAUCCUCAAUAUGUGCUGAUAGUCCAACUUCGGGUACUAAACCAAAAAGGAGGGAUAACCAUGUGAUCGGGGCAACCAGCGAUGAUGAACAAUCAGACGAUGAUGAUACAGAGAUUGAAGCUGGUCAAUGUGAACAGAGCACCGACCAGAUGGACGUUAAACGGAUUAAAAGGAUGGUGUCAAACAGGGAGUCGGCUAGGCGGUCAAGAAAAAGAAAACAAGCACAUUUAACAGAGCUUGAGCAACAAGUGGAACAACUGCGAGGAGAGUACUCAACGUUGUUCAAGCAACUCACGAAUGCUAGCCAACAAUUCAAAGAUGCUUCGACCAACAAUCGAGUUCUCAAGUCGGAUGUGGAAGCCUUGAGAGCUAAGGUGAAGUUGGCUGAAGAUAUGGUAGCUAGGGGCUCAUUAACAUCUAGCCUUAGCCACCUCCUUCAGAACCAUUUAACCACUCCCCAACUGUUCAACAAUCAAAACAUGCCUAGAAUGGGCAACGUCUCACCCACCAUAACCGUACUCGGGGAUGAUCAUGGCCUAUCCGUUCCAGGUCAACACGUGAUGGUUGGACUAGGUGCUAAUCCCGACAUCUUUAAUGGUAACGUUAAGACUGGUAUAAACAGCGAAGCUGGAAGCUGCGUAACUGAUAUAUGGCCUUAGGAAUCUUGGUACCAUUUGAACAUAAAAAAUAAAAAAAAGGGUUUGUUGCCUCGGAAUCCUCUCGUAAGCUUUCCCGUUUAUGUUAUCUUUCGGGUUUUUUCCCCUAGUUGUAUUGUAAUACUUGUAUGAUUUGAAUCAUGUAGUAUAGUUUGAAACUAGUUUUGAAAUAUGAUGUGUGUGGAUGGAUAAUAAGGGUAAAAUGUUAGACCCUAUGUCGAAAUUAACAUAUCUAGAGCAAUCAUUAUUGUUUCUAUUGCAUAAGUCGUUAUUGCUCUAGUGCUUGUUCACGUGCAUAUGGUUGUACAUUUGUUUAUAAAGAAUAUCGAUACAAUCAUUGGUGGUUA